GUUUUGUGGGUGAUUUGAUAUCAUCUAACAAUAUGGGGAAACAUUCAAAGAAAAGGCAAAAGGAAAACAGUAGCAGCUCUUCAGAAGACGAAUAUACCCUAAGGAAGAAAUACAGGCGUAUACAUAAACGUCUUGAAGAUCUUGAGAGGCAAGAAAAAUCGAACAAAAGUAAAACUUACGCCGUUCGUUCGCCUGCGUCACGAAGACGUUCACGCUCACCUGAUUUGAUAUCAAGAGCGGAUGAUGUUUCUAUCUCUCUUAUUCCAGAGUGUGAGUCUCUGGAUGACCAAGAUAAAAGUUGUUUUGAUAACGACUGGAACGAUAAAGCCUCCUCCAUUGGGUCUUUACCUAUGCAGUCGAGAGAUAACCAAGAGAACAAUAAUAAUCAAAAUAACACCUCUGAACUGUUAGAUUCAGACUUGAAUGCAACAGUUUUGUCCAUAUUGGGCUAUGAUUUAGCACCAAAAAGAAAUAUUAGUCCUCCAUUUCAAAAGGAAGUAGCUUUAAGUUGGGAGGACAUGCUGAAAAAAGGAUUAUUAGAGGAUGAAAGGGUUUCACUUAUGAAUAAAUAUACCCCUCCAGAAAAUUGCCCCUUGUUGGAGGCUCCUAAGGUCAAUCAGGAGGUUCUUAAGGUCAUGAGGGAUGUUAUAGCUCGGAGGGAUAAAAAGAUCAGUGAGCUUCAAAAUCAGGUGGGAUCUGCAUUAUCGGCUUUGGGGCAAGCAUUGACUAAUCUUCUUAAAGAUAUCGAAAAAGAAGAUAAUAGAGUUGCCAUCCAGCUUGUUAAUGAUGCUGCUCGUCUUCUGUUGGAUUUCCAUCAAAAGCAAUCUAAGUCCAGACGAGAACUAAUUUGUUUAGAUUUGAAGAAUGAAGUGGGAGAGACAUUAUCAAAUGUCCAAGUGGACGGAUGGCUUUUCGGAGAUAACCUCGGUGAGAGACUAAAAGCCUCGAAGGAGAUGGAGAGAUCUGGUUUAGAAUUAAAAGCGACAAAACCAAAAGCCUUUAAAAAACCAUCCUCAUUUACAACACCAAAAAAUUUAAACUCCAGGCGUCCACCUCGUUAUCAAGGGGAAUCACAGGGUGGACAGAGACCGCAGACACAGAACCCCGGAUCAGCCAGACGACAUAUGAAACCCUACCCGAGAAAUCAGGAGGGGAGGAGUGCCAGGAACGAGGCCAGGAAGGAAAACCUAAGAAGCAAGACUCUCAGGGAAAGAUAUUAACAAUUUCUCAGAUCUACUCCUCAUCCACUAUGGAGCCAUCUUACCCUGGUAGUAGGAAUAUUAUCAGGGAAGCCCUUCGACUAGGACAAAUUCCAGAAUCGGCAUAUGAAAUCUGUUAAGCGUCAGUGAGAUCAUCCACUUUAAAACAAUAUAACUCUGGAUUAAAAGCUUGGUGGAUUUUUUGUACUACUAAUAAAAUUAGCCUAUUUUCACCUUCUAUACCAGAUGUUUUAAAGUUUCUAUGUAUCCAUUUUGAAAAAGGGGCUUCUUAUGGAACAUUGAACUCUUAUCGUUCAGCUAUAGCUCAGGUCUUAGGCCCUAGCAUAGCUCAGGAUUUUAGAGUAAAAAGAUUUUUUCAGGGAGUUUAUCAAUUAAGGCCUAGUAAACCCAAAUAUACUAAUACUUGGGACCCAAGCAUCGUCCUAAAUUUUGUUAAAAAAUUAAACAAUGAUCAUAUUACUUUAGAAUAUCUUACAUAUAAGUUAGCUAUUCUUUUAGCUCUCACUACUGGUCAAAGGGUUCAAACUUUGUCCUUAAUUGAUACUAAAAAUAUAUUUCAAUCAGAAAAAGGUGUAGAAAUUAAAAUUACAGACAAAAUAAAAACUUCUGGUAAAAAUGCUUUUCAACCUAUAUUAACUUUACCAUUUUAUAAAGAGGAUAUUUCUGUUUGUGUUGCCACUACACUUAUAUGUUAUUUAGGGAGAACUAAAGUUUUUCGAUCCAAUGAUGUCAAAUAUAGUAAACUUUUGUUAACUUUUAAAAAACCAAUUCAUAAUGCUACAGCCCAAACCAUCUCUAGAUGGAUCAAAAAGCUAAUGAAGGAAUCUGGAGUAGAUAUAACAGAAUUUACUCCUCACACUACUCGGCAUGCUUCAACAUCAGCCGCUUUUAAAAAAGGCAUUACUUUUGACACCAUUCGAUCGGCGGCUGGUUGGUCUGCGAAUUCAAAAACUUUCGCAGUUUUUUAUAACAGACCCAUAAAAAAAUUUAUCUUCUUUUGCUCAGGCAGUACUGAGUUCUUAAGUAUAAAAUGUAUAUUUCUUAUAUAUAAUAUAUUCUUCAUACAAUAUAGAUUUAAGUAAUUUAUAUGAUAUAAGUUUAUUAUUACAUGUUUUGUUGUUGCAAUUAGUUUUUUAGCGUUGUUUCUCUAAUACUUAAUCUAUUUUUUUUUUGUUGAAAUCAUGAGUUCAUGAUAUUUCUUACUACCUUACUGGUGAGAGUUUUUAAUAUACUCUGGGAUUUAUU